UGGGCUAAGUGGACCUUUGGUCUGACCCAGUCUGGCCGCUCUGAUGUAAGGAGUCUGCCCUGGGGCACCUACUCUGAGAGACAGCCUUGCUCUUCUGUACGGCUGGGACAAGGCCACCUAGCACUCUGCGUGGCCAGUGAGAUGGGUUCAGCUUUCUGCCAGUGUAAACCCAGGGGCUGAGGAAGGUCAUGAUGACAGAAAACAGCUUUAGCCUCUCCAACCCUGGGCCAAUAAGUGGGGGUGCCCACGGGAGGUGCUCUCAUUUUAUCCCCGUGGAACCCCAGCCAGCCAGAAGCUGCCACCUCCAGCUCUCUCGGGGGGAAUCCCCACAGAGGCAUUGGUCGGAGUGGGCCGGCACAGGAAGGUGCCAUUCACAGCACCCCGGGUCAGCUGCAGGAAUUCAUGCCGAUUCUAGCAGUCAACGUCCCUCUCUUAGCGACUUUGAACAUUUUCCCCCUCCAUCACGAUGCAGGCCUGUUGUAAGCCAGUUGGCUGUGGGGUGUGAUCUGUAACCUUUGGGAUGAUCUUGUUGUAUGUUCUAUUUCUUGACGACUCAGGGCAGAGAGCUGAGCAUCCCGUGGUGAUCGAUUUCGUUUCCAACGCAGCCGACUGUUUCUUCCCGCACCAUGUUUGGCUCAUCCAGGGGAGGAGUGAGGGGGGGGCAGGACCAGUUCAACUGGGAGGAUGUGAAAACCGAUAAACAGAGGGAGAAUUACCUGGGGAACUCCCUGAUGGCUCCGGUGGGCAGGUGGCAGAAGGGCAAAGACCUCACCUGGUACGCGAAAGGGAAGAAAGGUGAUGCGCCAAUCUCCCGAGAAGCCGAGCUGGCUGCAGUCCGGCUGGCCGAGCAGGAGGCCAUGAUGGCGGCUCUGGGCUACAAGAAUGUGAAGAAACAGCCCACAGGCCUGAGCAAAGAGGAUCUGGCUGAGGUCUGUAAACGGGACGCAGCGGAGCGUGACGAGAAGGCUAUGGAUCGUGUCUUGGGGUUGGGGAGUUCCAGGUAUGGGAGGACAGGGGGCUAUUUUCUACUAGAACUCCAGGGCUUUUCUCUGCUCUUUAGAUCCCAAAACCACAGUUGAUUUGGAAAAGCAGAUAAACGGGGAGGUGGCCAAAUUUGCAGAUGAUACAAACAUUUAAGAAUUAACAAAGAGAUCUCACAAAAUUAGGUGACUGGGCCACAAAAUGAAAUUGUGUUGAUAAAUGCAAAGUAAUGAACAUGGGAAAAAUAAUCUCAACUAGCCUACACAACGAUGAGGUCUAAAUUACCAUUCGAGAGAUCUUGACAUUAAGAACAUAAGAAUGGCCAGACUAGGUCAGAUCAAAGGUCCAUCUAG